AUGGACAGACUUGGUGACGUAGCUAAAGAUGCACUGACUGUCGGUGAUACUGUUGGAGAUGGAGCUACAGAUGGACUGACCGAAGGUGACAUUGAUGGAGAUGAUACUGAUGGAGAUGGAGCUACAGAUGGGCUGACUGUUGGUGACACUGUUGGAGCUACAGAUGGACUGACUGAAGGUGACACUGAUGGAGAUGUAGCUACAGUUGGACUGACUGUAGGUGACACUGAUGGAGCUACAGAUGGACUGACUGUAGAUGACACAGAUGAACUGACUGUUGGUGACACUGAUGGAGCUACAGUUGGACUGACUGUCGAUGGACUGACUGUCGGUGAUGGAGUUACAGAUGGACUGACUGUUGGUGACACUGUUGGAGCCACAGAAGGACUGGCCGUCGGCGACACUGUUGGAGAUGGAGCUACAGAUGGACUGACUGUCGGUGACACUGAUAGAGCUACAGAUGGACUGACUGUAGGCGACACUGUUGGAGAUGGAGCUACAGAUGGACUGACUGUUGGUGACACUGUUGAAGCUACAGAUGGACUGACUGUCGGUGACACUGAUGGAGCUACAGAAGGACUGGCCGUCAGCGACACUGAUGGAGAUGGAGCUACAGAUGGACUGACUGUUGGUGACACUGAUGGAGCUACUGAUGGACUGACUGCAGAUGGAGUGACUGUCGGUGACACUGUUGGAGCUAAAGAUGGACUGACUGUCGGUGACACUGAUGCAGAUGGACUGACUGUCGAUGACACUGAUGCAGAUGGAGCUACAGUUGGACUGACUGAAGGUGACACUGAUGGAGCUACAGAUGGACUGACUGUCGGUGACACUGUUAAAGAUGGAGCUAAAGAUGGACUGACUGUUGAUGGCACUGUUGGUGACACUGAUGGAGCUACCAAUGGACUGACUGUAGGUGACACUGAUGGAGCUAGAGAUGGACUGACUGUUGGUGACACUGAUGGAGAUGGACCUACAGUUGGACUUACUGUUGGAGAUGGAGCUACAGAUGGACUGACUGUCGGUGACACUGUUGGAGCUACAGAAGGACUGGCCGUCAGCGACACUGAUGGAGAUGGAGCUACAGAUGGACUGACUGUCGGUGACACUGAUGGAGCUACAGAUGUACUGACUGUCAGUGAAGGAGCUACAGAUGGACUGAAUGCAGGUGACACUGAUGGAGCUACAGUUGGACUGACUGUUGGUGACACUGUUGGAGAUACAGAUGGACUGACUGUCGGUGACACUGUUGGAGCUACAGAUGGACUUACUGUCGGAGAUGGAGCUACAGAUGGACUGACUGUAGGUGACACUGAUGGAGCUACAGUUGGACUGACUGUCGGUGACACUGAUAGAGCUACAGAUGGACUAUCUGUCGGAGAUGGAGCUACAGAUGGACUGACUGGCGGUGAAACUGUUGGAGAUGGAGCUACUGAUGGACUGACUGUCGGUGACACUGUUUGA